AUGACGGCCGCGCAGGAGAUCUAUGAGGCUUCGAACCUCGCGAAGUACCCAUUCCAGCCUUACUUCAAGGGUGAGAAGCUCAAGAUCUGCGUGACUGGCGCGGGCGGGUUCAUCGGCUCGCACAUUGCCAGGCGUCUGAAGACCGAGGGGCACUACGUGAUUGGCUGCGACUGGAAGCGCAAUGAGCACAUGCCGGAGGACAUGUUCUGCAACGAGUUCCACCUGGUGGACCUGCGCGUGUACGACAACUGCCUGAAGGUGACCAAGGGCUGCGACCAGGUGUUCAACCUGGCGGCGGACAUGGGCGGGAUGGGCUUCAUUCAGUCCAACCACUCGGUCAUCCUGUACAACAACACGAUGAUCUCCAUGAACAUGAUCGAGAGCGCGCGCAUCAACGGCGUGAAGCGCUUCUUCUUCGCCAGCAGCGCGUGCAUCUACCCCGAGGGCAAGCAGCUCGACGUGGAGGUCGAGGGCGGCGGCCUGAAGGAGUCGGACGCGUGGCCCGCGCAGCCGCAGGACGCGUACGGCCUCGAGAAGCUCGUCACGGAGGAGCUGCUGAAGCACUACUGCAAGGACUUCGGCAUCGAGACGCGCUCGGGGCGCUUCCACAACAUCUACGGCCCGUACGGCACGUGGAAGGGCGGCCGCGAGAAGGCGCCCGCCGCGUUCUGCCGCAAGGUCCUCACGUCGACCAAGGAGAUUGAGAUGUGGGGCGACGGCAAGCAGACGCGCUCCUUCACCUACAUCGACGACUGCGUGGAGGGCGUGCUGCGGCUGAUGGCCUCGGACUUCCGCGAGCCCGUCAACCUCGGGUCCUCGGAGCAGGUCUCGAUGAACCAGAUGAUGGAGCUCGCCAUGUCGUUCGACAAGAAGGAGCUGCCCAUCAAGCACAUCCCCGGGCCGGAGGGCGUGCGCGGGCGCAACAGCGACAACAAGCUCGUGCUCGAGAAGCUCGGGUGGGAGCCGACGAUCACGCUCGCGGACGGCCUGCGCCUGACGUACGGCUGGAUCAAGAAGCAGAUCGAGAAGGAGAUGUCGGAGAAGGGCAUCACCGACAUGUCGAGCUACGCGCACUCGCUGAUCGUGCAGCCGACGGCGCCCAAGGCGCUCGGGGAGCUGCGCGGCGCGGACGGCGCCGAGGGCCUCGAGGACAAGAAGUAG